AAAACUCAGUCGAGUAUCAUAAAAGCCCCCGUUCGAUUUCGAUUUCGAUAAUUUACAUAGCAAUGGAGAAGGGAAUGACAGAAGAAGUGAAGAAAAACAGAAUCCAAGUCUCCAAUUCCAAGAAAUCCCUCUUUUUUUAUGUUAAUCUGUCCAAGAGGUACUUGCAGCAGUACAACGAGGUGGAACUCUCUGGUCUUGGAAUGGCUAUUUCCACCGUGGUGAGUAUUGCCGAAAUCUUAAAGAACAAUGGAUUUGCUGUUGAGAAGAAAAUCAGGACAUUGACAGUAGACAUGAGGGAUGAUCCAGGAGCACGACCACUGCCCAAAGCAAAGAUUGAGAUAUUACUGGGCAAAUCAGCCAACUUCGAUGAAUUAAUGGCGGCUGAAGAAGACCAAAAGGAAACUGGGGAAGGCGAGGAACCAAAUUGACUGCAGUGCACUCGUUGGAUGGCGUUGGCAUAUCUAUCCCUAUCAUAUAUAUGUAAUUAAUUAUGCCUUGCUGAUGGGGUCAUAUAAUAUCGGUUCAUGAGUUUUUAAAGCAGUCUGAAUAUGUUUGGAUUGAAUUAUGCUUCCUGCUACACCGAUUAAAUCUAUGGAGCUUCUGAUUGAAACGUGAAAUAAUGGUGUCCAGAGCUACAGUUUCUCUAUUUCGUGGCUUUUAAAAGAU